AUGCGCGAGGUCGCCCAACACCGCUCGGAAGAAAGUCUGUGGGCGGUCAUUCGCGGCGUCGUGUACGACUUCACCGAGUUCGCAAAAUUCCAUGUUGGGGGUCCUCAGGUGCUUCUGGAGCACGCUGGCACGGACACGACAGAGGUGUUCGAUCGGUUUCACGCAUGGGUGGAUUGCGAAAGUCUUCUUGCUUCCUUCAAAAUCGGGAUAGUGGCUGAUGGAGGCGUGUAA